GUGGGUCUCGUUGUCGUGGGGCCUCUAACUGAGGGAUCCCCGGCAGGUGCCUGCGCCGGGAGGGGAGCGGCAGCUCCGGCUGGGCUCCGGCUCCAGCUCCGGUUCGAGCUCCUCCUCCCGCUCCUCACGCUAAGGCUGACGUUGGGUAAACAGUGCGGGCAGGGGCAGCUGGAGGCGGUAGUAGCGCGGGGCGUGGGGACAGUCCUGGCACGGGUCUGUGGGCGCCCGCCCCUCCCGCGCCCCUCUCCAGUGCCCGCCGAGGCCACUUGGGGUUGGGGGGGGUGGGAGGAAGGAAGCCAGGGCGGGGGAGCAGGUUAUUGAUGAAGCUGCUUCACGCAUGGAUGAAGCCAUGAAUUUCAAUCGGACCGAGAGCGACUGGCAGGGGCUGGUGAGCGAGUACCUGGUGUGCAAAAGGAAGCUAGAAAGUAAAAAGGAGGCUUUGCUGAUCCUUUCUAAGGAGUUGGAUACAUGUCAACAGGAGAGAGACCAGUACAAACUCAUGGCCAAUCAGCUUCGGGAGCGGCACCAGUCCUUGAAAAAGAAAUACCGAGAGCUGAUUGAUGGAGACCCAUCAAUUCCACCUGAAAAGAGGAAACAGGCUAAUCUCGCACAACUAUUGAGUGAUUCUCGGGACCGAAAUAAACAUCUGGGAGAAGAAAUUAAAGAACUUCAGCAGAGACUUGGAGAAAUACAAGGGGACAAUAAGCUCCUAAGGAUGACGAUAGCAAAACAGAGACUAGGUGAUGAAGAAAUUGGAGCCCGCCAUUUUGCAGCCCAUGAACGAGAAGACCUGGUUCAGCAGCUAGAGAGAGCUCGGGAACAGAUUGAAUCCCUGGAACAUGACUUACAAGCCUCUGUGGAUGAGUUACAGGACAUUAAAGAGGAACGCUCUUCCUACCAGGAUAAAGUGGACAGGCUGAACCAAGAGCUCAAUCAUAUCCUGGGUGGUCAUGAGAACCGCAUCAUUGAUGUGGACGCCCUCUGCAUGGAGAACAGAUACCUCCAAGAGAGAUUAAAGCAGCUUCAUGAAGAGGUCAGCCUACUUAAAUCUAAUAUUGCCAAAUAUAAGAAUGCCCUGGAGAGACGGAAAAACUCCAAAAGCCAGGGCAGAUCCAGCAACAGCAGCAGCAGUGCCUUAACUGGAGUCCUGUCUGCAAAACAAGUUCAAGAUUUAUUAUCUGAAGAUCAUGGAUGUAGUCUUCCAGCAACACCACAGUCCAUUUCAGAUCUGAAAUCUCUAGCUACUGCCCUGUUAGAGACAAUCCAUGAGAAAAACAUGGUUAUUCAACACCAAAGGCAGACCAACAAAAUCCUAGGUAACCGAGUGGCAGAGCUGGAGAAAAAAUUGAGAACUUUGGAAGUAUCGGGUUUGUGGAGUCUCCCAGGCCUGAGCUACAAUGUUUCAGUGGGAUUCAGGAGAGGCAAGGACACCAUAACUUUCAAUGAUUCCACUCUUCCAGUCAUGAAGAGGUCAAGAUCCCCUCUCCUGAAAUUCCUAGAUCAGCAAGAACAAAACAAAAUAUAUACUAAAGAUGGGGAGCAGAAGGAAGGAGAUGAAAGUUCUUCUGUUGCUGUGGCAUUGACAGCUCCUGAGGAGGCUGCAGCCCAGCUCUCUGACAAUUCCCCAGCCAAGCCCAAGCACGGGAACCAACGCAAGCACUUUCAUCCCUCAUUACCCCAGCUACCUUCUGAGGAAGAAGAAAUAAACAGGCUUGGAAGUGAAAUCAUUAAACUGACAGAGGAACAGGCAGCUGAAGAACUAGAAGGGACCAGAAAAGGGAGUUCUCAAGAGGACCCAAGAAAAGGGACAGGUCCAUCUCACAUCAGGGGGAUGGCCAAGGUAGAGUCUCCUUUGUCUAGCCCUGAUCCCUUUGGUUCCAGUGAGUCCUUGGGUUUGGGGAAAGAACAAGCCCUGGAAGGCUGUGACCCGGAAGAGGAGAAAGCCAUCCCAGAGGAGAGCUGCUCGGGUAUCGUGAAGACAUGAAGGAUAAAAGGAUUGAAAAUUGGAACACAUGGAAGGCGCUAGGGACAAUAAGAAUUAAGCCACAGAACAACACAUUAGAAGUAACUCUCUCCUCAAAUACUCCCUAGUCUGGGACUCAGAAAAUCCUCUGAUCCUGUUGCAAACUGUAGGUAUUUUGAUGACAGUACAGCUUGAUUUAUUAAAUGCAGGUCCUCAAUCUUCUCAUCAUCAUAUCUUACUACUGAAGAUGUACUGCUGUGAACACGGGCAGGCACUGAAAAUAGUGUGCGCCAUAUGGCUGGUUUUUCCCAUCCGUCUUUGUGUCGGCAUUUGUUUUAUUAGAGAUAAGAUGUUUUUCUAUUAACGUUUAAUGUUGUCGAUCAAAAUUAUGGGAAGAGCUUGAAACUGAUGGGCUUUUUAAUCAGGUCCCCGGUAUUUGUAAUGAUUAAGGCUGUUGGGAAGAGAGACAUAAUUGAGCAUAAUGGGUCCGAAGGGCCCACCGUGACACUUUGUCAUGUCAAGGCCUUGUUGGGUCUCCUCCACAUGGAUGCUCUUGGCACAGCGCCUGUAGCAAUGUGUCACAGCUGGGAACAGUGGGUGGAGAGGGGCCUCAGCAGCCUUAGAGGACUUGUUUCCCUAUUCUGAAUUCAUACCUCUCAUUUGGGUGCUUGUGUUGUUGGGUAAAUGACAAGUGUGCCAACUUGGGCAUUGGUUGGUGCAUUUAUAGUACCAGGGAGGGAAGCAUGAAAGUCACAAUAUAGUUUGAGGGCAAAAGAAACAAGGUGAAAAGUAGAGCCAGGAAAUGAUCAUUCUCACCUUUCAAACUUCUCCAUCAGUGGUAUAUUCUGAUACUUUUGGAGUCAUCUGCUUUUUGGGUAAAAAACAACAACAAAUUGGUGUGAUCCUAGGUAAAUGACUUAACUUUGGGGGCCUGUGUUUCCUUAUUUGUAUAUUGAUGGGAAGGAGGGGAGACAGAUUCAGUGUCCUCUAAAAGUUCCUUCUAGCUCUGAAUCUAUGAUCCUAGCAUUCUAUCUAGGACUCAGCUGCCCACACACUGGUGUGAAACUUGAACCCUGGAAGGAGAAGAUAGCAUCUCCAGGACUGUGAAGUCUCUCUAGGAAACCCCUUGAGGAGAAGGGUCUUUUUAUGCUGUCGUAUGGGCAUCUGGGUGAUGCAAUGGAGAGAGUGCCUGACCUGAAGUCAGGAAGACUUUUUCUUGAAUUCAAAUCUGGCCUCAGAUACUUACUAGCUGUGUGACUCUGGGCAAGUCACUUAACCCCAUUUGCCUCAGUUUCCUCAUCUGUGAAAUGAGCUGGAGAAGGAAAUGGCAAACCACUCCAGUAUCUUUGGCAAGAAAAACCCAGAAGGGGUCACAAAGAGUCAGACACAACUGGAACUAUAACAUAUAUUCAGAAAAUGGAAUUCCCCAUGUCUCAGGGUCAGUUCAUUUCCCCCAGGAAACUGUAAAUUUAUGUGAAAGCCUGAGAACCUCUUCAGAGGCUUCCUUAUAUGAACCAGAGGAGUUUCUUAAGCAGUGAUGGCAUUUUAUUUUGUUUUUUUUUACCUCCUAACCAUCCUAAAAAGAAAAUGUGCAUAUUAAAUGUAUGGAUAUCUAAAUAUGGUGGUCAGUUUAUCUUCCUCUCUCUCUCUCUGCCUUUGCAGAGAAUGAUAAAAAGGACUGAAUCUGAAGGCAGGAGACCCGAGUUCCCAUCUCAGACCCCCUUACUGGAUAAAGAACAUAAGCAAAUCAGAGAAAUACACCAAAAUCUCAACUCACAGAGCUGUUGGGAGCUGUGCACUCUACCCACUUUAAAGCACCAAAGAAAUGGUCAUUUAUUAUUCAUUCCUCUUCUUCCCACAUUUAUGGACAAUCACAGGAGAGAUGGGGUUAAAAGCCCCGGGCUUUCCCCCCUAUCCUAUGAGGGGCUGUUUGUUUUGGGGGAUUAGGAUUUUUGGGGGGUGGUUACUAAUUGAGAAAAGAUAAGAGCAGCCCAGAGAGGCUAUGAAAGUAGAAAGAGAUUCACCAAGUGUGUGUAUGCUCAGUGACUCCCCAGCUAAAACUGCCAGCCCCAGGGGUCCCUAACCCCUGCAGAACUGGACAUCAGUUAAUCCUGCUGCUGAUCCUCAGAGGUACCCCAUCUCCACACACAGAGACCCUCUGCCUCACCCCACUUGGCCCCCAUCCAUCCAACUUCCUGGGGAGGGAAUUUGCCUCUGCAGCUGCAAAGUCUGUGUGGGCCAGCAGCCACAGAGGUAAUUUUCCUGCUGGACCCGGACUUAACUGCCUGCAAAUGUUCAGCUCUCCCAAGUAGCACUUUAAAGGCACUGGAGGAAAAUGGAGCCAAAUUUAAUAAAAUAAUAAUAAAAAGAAAAUCCUCUCCUAGCUCAAGCUCAGUUUUGAUACCCAGCCUGCCAGGUGCACAUCUUUACAGUCCAUUUAUCAACUCCUGGACAACAGAGUUUAUGAUCUACCCCCAGCAUACUGCACCAUGGUCAGGGAAGCCCAGAGGAGUCCCAGGAGUGACAAGCCCCCAGAGGCAAACAGCCUGAAGUUGAAUGCUGGCCAGCACAUUGGCCUUGGUGGUGCAGAAUCUGGGCUGCUGUUGGGUACAUCGCCAUAACAAUAUUAUGUGUCCACUGCCUCCACCUAUCCUCAUCCAUUUUUUUUUGUUCUCGGAUAGUAAAGAAAAAGGUUCCAACUUGCUCACAAUUGUUUAUUUGUUUCCCUUUUAAACCCUCUUCUAAAAUCCUGCACCAUACUGCUCUGUCGAAUCUACCCUAUGGAUUACUUUUAGCCAAAAAGCCAAAAUAGUGUGAGUUUCCUAGUUAUUGAUUAAAAAAAAAAAAGAAAAAUGUUACUGCUUGGUCUACCCACCCAGCUGCAUUCUGACAUGCCCACUUUUGUCAGCCAGAAUGUGCCUGCCAUGUGUGGAUUGCUCUCUGCCUUUCCAGUACAGUCCAGGCAGAAUGCAGAACAGGGCAUGCAUGGAGAGAUGCAACUGAAAAUGACACUUCUCAUCAUAACAAAUGCUCCUUUCCUAUGACUGCCCAGCACUCAGCAGCCUUUAGGCAUUGAUUUCUACAUGCAAGUAUAUAUGAGGGUUUGUAGUUCUUUAAUUAAGACCUGAGAAAAUAAAUCCUUUCCUUAAAAAAAAAUUGGGGCUUUCCUUACCCCCUGAGACCCAUUCCCACAACAUCCUUCCUUCCUUGCCCACAAAAUUCUUCCCAGCCUCUGGCAAGUAUUCCCUGAGGCUUUCUUUAGCCAGGAGGCACCCAGUGGCAUUCAGCUCAGUCCCAGGCAAGUAGUAUUAGAUGCCUUUUCCCAGAGCUAGCCUUAGGCAAGAAUGUGAGGGAGUUGUUUUUUCCACUCUCCCUGCUCUUCAGGUGUCCAAUGAAUUCCCCACUUUCCAAAAUCCUUGAGAGAGAAAAAAACAAUCUGAUAGCAAUCAUUUACACUUUAGUAUGAAUAAAGUACACUGUUCCCUAAAAGUAGAGGGAAAGCUUUGUUCCCUAUUCAGAGAAUUUCAAGUACCAUUAAGGAAGCUGAGAUGAUGACUGUGUGUGUGCAUUUUGGGGAGAUAGUUAUUUUCUUCCCCAUACCAAUCCUAAGCCAGCCAGCCCUCAUAACUGACAGGGCUUUCCAAAAAGCUUUCUUCUUCUCUUUGUUGGGAUUUUGGACUUGAUGUCUCUUUCUCUGCAGAACCAGACCUGCCCUCCAAAAAGAUCACUAUUUGAGCAAGAUUUAUUUCUGCUUUACUUCUGAACCCUGCCUAGUCAGCUUUUCCUACCCUCUUUUCUACUCCUGAACAUGAGACAGUUCUACUAUGAGAGCUCAAUGGCCAGCAGAAGGGCAGAGGCAACAUUGUGAGGAUCUCCAAACACAAUACUUUAAGGUAAAUGCAAAUUUCCAGGUGCUUUUCAUUCCUGCUGUCAAAUAGGGCAAAGAAUUGCUGGACAAAGACAAUUCCAAAGAUCAGAGAGAGAGGUUUGGGAGACCAGUGGUGAAUCUAAUUAGAAAUGAGAGAGGAGGAAAAAAUGAGAAGGUCCCCUCUCACAAUGUUACAGCUGAUCCAAAAAAAUAGAAAAAAGAAAAAAUCCUACCACAGCAUGAAGGCAAUUUAAAAUGAUAGAUUUCGAUGUGCUGCCUUAUUUUUCUUAUCACUUCUUUCCUAAAUGAGGGUUUUUUGAUGCACAGGGCAGUUUGCAGAAUACUGAAAAGUUUGACUUUCCUUGGUCUGUCUGAACGUAGGGAUAUAUUUUGGGAUCUGAGCAGAGACCAAUGAUAACCUAUUAAAUUUAAAACAAUUGGCUUUUUUAUCGGCUGCUGUUUUGUUUUAUUUAAAGAAAAGAAGUUCUAUUUAUUUGCAGACUUCACUUUAUUGGAUUCUAUAAUCACCAUGCAUCAUAACUAUAUUUUUUGUUACCUGGAAUAAAAAUGGGGUAAUUUUCCUGGUA